AUUUCUGAAAAAGUGAACUUCGUUAAUAACGCAAAAAAUAAUUAUCGCGCAGAAUGGCAAAGAAUAUCAACAACAAAGAUGGUGGCUUUCAUCGUCAACUUUAAUUAUGUAAACAUAAAUUGGUAUGUUUUACCCUGAUCGUAAUAAAUAACAGUUCAACCAUGUCCGAAGAUAGCAGUUAUGAAGAGGAUAAUAAUUUUUAUGAUGAUGAAGAAGAUGAUUAUUCUGUAACACUUGUACCUUGCGACAAUUGUGGUAGAAAUUUUAACCAGGAUUCAUUACUUCGACAUAGAAACAUAUGCAAUAAACUUAAAAAAAGAAAAGUUUUUGAUUCAAAAAAGCAACGUCUACAAGGGAUCCCUGUUAAAACUAUUACAGCUUCUUCUGCUCCUCCUAAGAUAAAUGGUGGAGUACAAAGAAAAAUUCCAAAAAAAAAAGCAGAUUGGCGAGCUACACACAAUGACUUCAUAAAAACCAUUCGAGCGGCACGAGGUGUAACUGCUGCUUUAAAAUCUGGUAGCGAACUUCCUCCUCCUCCGUCACCAACCUUUAAUCCAGAUUAUGUCCAAUGUCCUCAUUGUGAUAGAAGGUUUAAUGAGUCUGCAGCAGAGCGUCACAUUGGAUUUUGUAAAGAUCAAAAAUCAAGAUUACCUAAAAAUGGUGAUUCUAAAUACGGUGUGAACAAAGAAAAACAAGAUAAAAGAAUACAAUACCGUCCUCCAGUACCAGGUUUGAAAAAGCCAGAAAGUUCUCCAGUAAAAGCAAAAGGUGCAGCAUUGCCUGCUGGUUCAAAAACUAACAGUUUGCCCGGUUUGAAUAAAAAAGUGGAAAGUUCACCCCUUAGAAGUGAUACAAAGUCAGACGCACGUUUUGGUGGAAAAGAUAUGAAACUUAAUUUUGCAAAUGAAAAUGAAGAUAAGUUCAGUAGCAACAUAAGAUAUGGAAAAACAUCGAGUGGCUCAGCUCCCUCAAGUGCAGAUAAAUUAGGAAAGAAUCGUAAUGGUGACCCAAAAUGGCUGGAAGAACUAAAACGCAACGACUCUGCAAAAUCACAGACAAAAAUUGUGAAUGAUUUUAUUGAAACAAAAAACAACUCUGCUAGUUCUAAGCGAGCCCUUCCAUCAGAUCCAUGUGAUGUUAAUUCUGGAAGGCGCAAGGUUGCUAGUUUUUGUCAUGAUUGUGGAGCAAAAUAUCCUGUUCCAGCUGCAAAAUUUUGUUGUGAAUGUGGUGUUCGUAGAAUGGCUCUAGUUUAGGUGUUGCUGUUGUAAAAUGUUUUUUUUUAUUCUAACUUUUUAAACUUUGUUAACUAUUUGAAAAAUUUAGAAAAAACAUGAAAGUUUUGUAAAAGGUUUCUGCAUAUUGGAGGUAAAUUGUCGACUCAACUCAAGUCAACUUAAUGUUGUUUGAAAUUGACUCAAUGUUGAUCUUUUAAAUCAACAUUAUUAAUAUCAAACCUUAGGCUGUUUUAAUGUUGGUAUAUAU